GUCCUGCUGUUUGGGGUGACUUAGGAGGCUGGACAAGGGAAAGGGAAGGCAUGGUUAGGGUAGUGAUUGUCCUGCUGUUUGGGGUGACUUAGGAGGCUGGACAAGGGAAAGGGAAGGCAUGGUUAGGGUAGUGAUUGUCCUGCUGUUUGGGGUGACUUAGGAGGCUGGACAAGGGAAAGGGAAGGCAUGGUUAGGGUAGUGAUUGUCCUGCUGUUUGGGUGACUUAGGAGGCUGGACAAGGGAAAGGGAAGGCAUGGUUAGGGUAGUGAUUGUCCUGCUGUUUGGGUGACUUAGGAGGCUGGACAAGGGAAAAGAAUGCAAUCAAAUGGUCACAACUUUUUAACCCUUUAAAUUGGGCACAGGCAGAGACUGACGCUGGGUGUGGGUGGAGCAGCUGGAUACAUGGACCUUGCUGGGUGUGUGAGUGCCUCCCAAAGAAGAGUUCCCAGCGCCACGGCUCCCAAGACCUCUGCCAAGCUGGGCAAUGUCAGUCUGGUCAUUGGACACAAGUCGCGGCAGGUGGCAAAAGUGGACGUGGCUGUGCCCCAUCAGGACGUCAUUGUCUCCAGUCAUGCGGUCCAGCGAGUCGCCGCUCUACCGCACGGCACUGACCCCAAGGACGUCCCGAUCCACAGCAGGGACGUGGCCACCCCUGCCAAGCCCCUGGACACAGCCCCAAGUGUUCCCUGGUGGGCCAUACUCGCUGGGCUCCUCCUCCUCCUCCUCCUCCUCCUCCUCCUCACCCUGCUGCCGUGGAAGGUGUCGGGUUCCUGCACAGGUGAACCAAGAUGGAGUCAUGGCUUUGGGGCGGCUUGCUAAACAGGUCAGAUGAACCACAACGUGUGCAGGUCACGACAGGUCACCACAUGCGGGUCGGAGGUCACACAGCCACCGUCCACGACCUGACCCCUAAGAGUGGAUACCAGCUGUCUGGAGUGGACACGGAAGUGGAUUCCUUACAGCAUCGGG